UUUCACCUGAUUAUAGCUACAGCCAACUGAGGAAGAAGAAGAGCUGAAUUCUGAAUUUCUGAUCAUGUCAAAUGAUACAGUAGAUGGUUGUAGAGUUGCGUUAAUCAUUAUCUUCAUCAUGAUUACAGGUUUGAUUAAUAAUGCUUAUGGAGAUUCUCUGGAGACGGACAGAGAAGUAUUGCUUAGUCUGAAGAAUUAUCUCGAGAAAACGAAUCUCGUUAACCGUGGAAAAUACUCCAAAUGGAAUUCAUCUUCUUCUGAAUCUUCUCCAUGUUCAUGGCGAGGAAUCACAUGUGACAGUUCGAGUAAUCGUGUAACAGGAAUUGAUCUAUCCAGCGACGCCAUCACCGGCGAUAUGUUCGGUAACUUCUCCGCACUUACGUCACUGAACUCGCUUGAUCUCUCCGGUAACAGCAUCAACGGAAAUGUAACGGGAGAUUUAAGUAAGUGUUUCAAUCUAAGAACCCUAAAUUUAUCGAGGAAUACGAUUAGAGGAGAACUUAUCUUAACUGGACUUAAUAGUUUGGAGAUUAUUGAUUUAUCCACGAAUCAAAUCAGUGGUGGAAUUCAUUUGAGUUUUCCUGCAAUUUGUAGAAGUCUUGUGGUGGCUAAUUUGUCUCAGAAUAACUUCACUGGUUCAAUCGAAGGUCUGUUUGAUGAUUGUCCAUAUUUACAGUAUCUAGACCUGAGUACAAACAACUUAACAGGGAAUAUUUGGAAUGGUUUCAUAAGGCUGAAAGAAUUCUCCAUUUCGGAGAAUUUUAUACAGGGUUCAUUAGCUUCAAUCUUCUCAUCAAAUUGCAGCUUGACGAAGUUAGAUAUAUCAGAGAAUUUGUUUGCAGGACAAAUCCCUAACGAAAUUUCAUACUGUAGAGAUUUAGAGAUCUUGAAUCUAUGGGGGAACAAUUUCACCGGUGAGAUUCCAUCUGAAAUCAGUUCACUGUCAAGAUUGGAAGGGCUUUUCUUAGGAAACAACAGUUUCUCGAGUAAUAUAUCAAAUUCAUUGCUUAACCUGAAGAACUUGAAGUUUCUUGACAUGAGUAAUAACAAAUUUGGAGGAGAAAUACAGAGCAUUUUCGGUCAGUUAACACAGGUUAAGUUUCUCGUUCUCCAUUCUAAUUUCUACAGCGGCGGACUUAUUUCAUCUGGGAUUCUUAAUCUGACUAACCUAAUCAGAUUAGAUCUCAGCUUUAAUAACUUCACCGGUUCAUUGCCAGUUGAGGUUUCUCGGAUGACCAGCUUACGAUUCUUGAUUCUUGCGAAAAAUGAAUUCACUGGUAAUAUCCCGAAAGAGUAUGGAAACAUGGUAAGCCUUCAAGCGCUUGAUCUUUCGUUUAACGAGCUAAAUGGGUCUAUCCCGUCUAGUUUUGGAAACUUAACUUCACUCUUAUGGCUUAUGCUUGCGAAUAAUAAUCUUUCUGGGUCUAUUCCGCCUGAGAUCGGGAAAUGUAACAGUUUGUUGUGGUUGAAUCUUGCGAACAAUCAUCUAUCUGGGUCAAUUCCAUCUGAGUUGACAACAAUCGGAAGUGACCCAUCAGCUACGUUUCUUCAAAACCGUCGCAAUUACUUGUUUAGCGUUGGCUCAGGAGAGUGUCGAGCGAUGAAGAGAUGGAUUCCGGCUGAUUAUCCUCCGUUUAGCUUCGUUUAUACGCUUCUGAAUCGGAAGAGUUGCAGAAAUCUUUGGGAUAAAGUGCUUAAUGGGUAUGGAUUGUUUCCGGUUUGUGUUGAUGGAACGAACGUACGAAGCUUGCAGAUAUCGGGUUAUGUUCAGAUUAGUGGGAAUCAGUUGUCGGGUCCUUUGCCGAGUCAGAUUGGUCUUAUGAAGAACUUCAGCAUGUUGCAUUUAGGGUUCAACCAAAUCUCCGGGGAGCUGCCACCGCAAGUUGCGCAAUUGCCGCUAGUUGUCCUUAAUAUCACUCGAAACAACUUCUCCGGAGCGAUUCCGAUCGAAAUUGGAAGCGUUAAGUGUUUGCAGAAUCUCGAUCUUUCUUACAAUAAUUUCUCCGGUCAAUUUCCGGCUUCGUUGAACAAGCUGACUGAACUGAACAAGUUUAACAUCUCAUACAAUCAUUACAUUUCCGGCGUAAUCCCACAAACCGGGCAAUUGACGACAUUCGAAAAGGACUCAUUCUUGGGUGACCCUUUCUUGACCCUUCCUUCGUUCAUCGACAAUACAAGUACUAGCGGCAAUGAAACCGAACAACACCGCAAUUCGAAGAAAUCGAGGCGGCCGAAAAUAUUGGGGGAGUUUUUCGUGCUAUUCGUUUUGGUAUUUGCGAUCUUGGUAUGUGGAAUCAUGUCGUUUAUAGUUUGCGUUAUGGUGAAACGACCGGUCGAAUUUAACCUAGAGGAACCCAAAGGCUAUCAUCACGGCUUCGGGUCGACGUCAAACACAUCUUCGGAAACGGUUAAGGUUAUUCGUCUCGACAAGACAAUGUUCACUCAUUCCGACAUCUUGACCGCUACUUGUAACUUCUCCGAGAGGAGAGUACUCGGGAGAGGAGGAUACGGGACGGUUUAUCGAGGUGUGUUGCCCGACGGAAGAGAAGUGGCGGUCAAGAAGCUUCAACGAGAAGGACCCGAAGGUGAGCGUGAAUUUAGAGCCGAAAUGGAAGUUUUAAGUGGAAACGGGUUCGGGUGGCCCCACCAAAAUCUCGUGACGCUAUACGGGUGGUGUCUAAACGGAUCCGAGAAAUUGUUGGUUUACGAGUACUUAGAAGGCGGAAGUUUAGAUGACUUGAUCUCGGAUAGACUAAGCCUGACUUGGUCACGACGGAUCGACAUAGCCAUAGACGUGGCUCAGGCUCUAGUCUUCUUACACCACGAGUGCUUUCCUUCUAUUGUCCAUAGAGAUGUGAAGGCAAGCAAUGUCCUACUCGAUAGAGACGGGACAGGUAGGGUAACUGAUUUCGGCCUUGCCCGUGUUGUCGAUGACGGGGUUAGCCACGUCAGCACGAUGGUGGCUGGUACAAUAGGGUAUGUUGCACCGGAAUAUUGUCAAACGUGGAAGGCCACAACGAAAGGUGAUGUGUAUAGUUAUGGGGUUUUGACUCUCGAGUUGGCCACGGGGAGGCGAGCUGUGGAUGGAGAUGAGUGCUUGGUUGAGUGGGCUAGAAGAGUGAUGGGAAGAGGGGAUGCUCGGAAUGUUCCGGUGGCGGUUAUGGGUUCUGGGCUAGCCGAGGGCUCGGAAGAGCUAAUCAAAAUCGGGGUGAAGUGUAUUGAGGAGGCGCCACAAGCAAGGCCAAACAUGAAGGAGGUUCUUGCUAUGUUGGUUAAGAUUAGAGGAUGUAGGAAGGAUUUCAAGUAUAAUUAUUAGGAACUACAUCUCUAACUCUUAUUGAGUUGAAUCAAUGAGUUUUCGUGUAGAUGUUUGUUUUAUUCUCCAAUAUGUCAAUAGUUAUAGGCUCAUACAAAUAGUUCAUAUGUUUUAUUGUAAAUCUAUUCAUUUUUUUUUUCAACUUCUCUA